AUUAGGGGAGAUAAUUGAUACGCAAAUUGCCUCGUUCCAAUUUCUGGCGAAAAUGUCGACCGACUACGAAAGUAUCUUGUGUGUUAAAAAUGAAGUUAUGGUGUUUAAAAUACCUCCAAGGCAAUCAAACAGAGGUUACAGAGCAGCUGACUGGAAGUUGGAUGCACCAGAUUGGACUGGUCGAAUGAGAAUUGUAGCUCUAGGCAAAGAUUUGUUUAUAAAGUUGGAAGACAAAACUUCAGGAGAAUUAUUUGCCCAGUGUCCUGUAGAAACCUACCCAAGUAUAGCUGUAGAAGCCGUGACAGAUUCCAGUCGAUAUUUUGUUUUACGGAUAAAAGAUGAUGGUGGGAGAAGUGCUUUCAUUGGUAUAGGAUUCAAUGACCGAGGAGAUUCCUUCGAUCUCAAUGUGGCACUGCAAGACCAUUUUAAAUGGUUGAAAAAUGAAGAAGCAGCCAAAAAGACACAAGCAGAGUUUACCAGUGGACCAAAACUUGACCUGGGAUUCAAAGCAGGUCAAACCAUAAAAAUUAAUUUACAGACCAAGAGAGACCCUAAUCAGCAAGCAAAAUCCAGACCAAAAGGUCAAGGGUCAGGAGGUGGUUUAGGAAUGUUACCUCCCCCUCCCGGAGCAACGAAGUUACCACCACCACCAGGGGGAGUACCCCAACUAGUACCCAAUCAAGAAAAACAACCACAACAAAUUUCACAAGUUUCAGAACCACAAAUAAAUUCUCAUUCACAAAACAUUAGUUCUAGUGAUAGCCAAUCAAAUGUAGAUCUGUUAUUUGAUUCAUUAUCAGUGAGUUCAUCAGGGUCAUCGUCACAACCUGUGUUACAACCUGCUCAGACGACAACGGCAGAUCCUUGGGGAGAUUUUACAGGAGUCAAGAAAGGUGAAGGAAAGUGACUUGAUAUUCAUCAUUAUGAAUAAAUUAUUUCUAAUUCCACUCCCAGUACAGAUGAAGAUUGGGUCCAGUUUUGAUAAAGUGUGAUAUAGACCAUCUACAGAAUUGUCUCAUAGCUACAUUGUUAAGGCAUUAGUGUAAAAUCAUCAUUAUUUUAUCAUUUAUUUUAAAUGGCUCUUAUUGUCUUUUUUCUGAUGAGGUGAUGUGUUAAUUUUUUAAAAACAUAAUAAAAACAAAUUGCUUACUGUAAAUUUAGAAAUUAUUGCAUGCAUUUAGACUAAAAUGUGAUUUAAAUUUUUCGCUAUAUGGGAAAAAUUCUGUUUAAUUCAUAUAAAAAA